AUGCUUCUUUCCCAACCAUUGCGCCUCACGCGCAAGGUUGCUGCAGACCAGCCUUCGCUCAAGCCGCCGGCUCCUGCUGAUGGAAGGCCCGUUGUCAGGAUUCGCCUUGCGGAACCUCAGCAAAAUGCUGGUUGGUGUGUGGAUGCGCAACGCAGUGUCAAAGCAGACCAAAGAGACUGCACUUCGACUCGUGUGAGCGCACACAGACCUGGCCUUGCCGGCGGCGAGUGGCAGCUAGAACCGGGCUCCGCCGACUUUCAGUUUUUGAUUCGUUUCGUGUCCAAUCACUUCAGUCAGACAAGCGGCUGGCUUCUGGAUGUUGCGGAAGAUGCGCAGCGGUGGCACAGCGUCAUCGUCAGGAAAGAUGAUGACAACGUCCCCGCUGCCGAGUGGAUGAUUGAGCCGCAAGGUGGCCUUGAUGUUUCAUCAGGAGUAUCCCCUACCUACAGGCUUCGCUUGGCAGUUGGUCCGAGCGAGGCAGUUGGUUGGUUUCUGAAUGUCGACAGCAAGCCUUGUAAUCGCCGUACGACGGACUCGGUGUACUUGCAGGUAUCCCCAAGUGACUUUGCCACGUGGAUCUUUGAAGUCCAAAAGGCCAAAGCUCCACGGAGCUUAGUUCUUCGCCAGGAGCGCCUUUACGAGGUCGUUGUUUGCAACUUAUCGGGGAGGCCAUUGAUACUCCAAGGGUGCCAAGAUGUGGCCACGCGAACGCGAAAGGCGAUAGCAGGAAGCUUCCUGCAGCUUGUUCCAGUGGUCUCUGCGCUGGAAGGUACAGAAGAUCAUGGUGCACUCGUGGAGCCGACAGCCCAGUCUGACCGUCUCCCCAACUUCAGUGCAAAUCGGCAGGCCUUCCUUGUUGGCAAAGAGGCAUACUCGAGAGCACCACAGAUUGGCUUUUCGCUUGCCUUGACGUGGCUGCAGGCAAAGUUUCAGCACAGUGGCAGCUGCGGAGAUCUCCUCGAGUUCUCCGUGACAUACUUGACGGUGGAAGGCAUAGCAUUUGCCAGUGCCGAUGUAGAUUUCGAAAACACUGUCUCUGGCCAGAGUGGUUCAUGCUGGGUCCUUGCAUGCUGUGCUUGGCUCAGACAGGGAGAGGCUAGCCGGUAUGAUGAGAUGGAUGGGUGGACGUCGCAAGAUCAUCCCAUCUCUGUCAUUGCUUCUUGGACUUGGUGCAACUCUGGUGAAGUGGCAACUUUGUUCACCGACCCUGAGUCGUCGGGUGCAGAUGGCAGGCCAGUUUCCAGUCAUUAA